AAAUUUACUGAGGCUUGUUUUAUGUCCCAGCAUAUGAUCUAUUGGCAUAAUAAUCUUGAGAGAGUUAUUUUCUUCAUGUUUGGGGAAAGAUUGAGUGUUUGAAAAAAUGGGAUGGGCUACAUUACUGGAGGUUUGUAGCUAGUAGGAAAAGGGGGAGGAAAGAGUUCUGCUCUAAAUCCUUGUUCUCCUCUUUUUUCCCUUUCCUGUUGUUACCCACCACAUUCCUUGAUGUCAUUUAUGCCAUUGUGAGCCGACCAGCUCUCCCAGCCAGCAGACAGCCCAUAGGUCACUAAGUCCGGGAACUGGAUGGAUGUCUUAGGAGGCUCUACUACCAUGGUCCUCGGGGUGACCUCCUCAGUGCCCUGCCUGCCACUCCCCAACAUUCUCCUGAUGGCCAAUGUCACCUGGCCCCAGGGUCCAUUUUCCACCUGGAACAAACCUGGUGAUGCCCCACUCAUCACCCUCAGCAGGAUUCUCCCCCUCAAGUAUGUGGAACUACGGAUCUGUGACCGGCUCCAGCGCAUCUUGAGGGUUAGGACAGUGACUGAAAAGAUCUACUACCUUAAGCUCCACAAAAUACACCCAGACGCCGUGUUUCAAUUUUGGAUCCGCUUGGUGAGAAUUCUGCAGAAAGGUCUGUCCAUCACCACCAAAGACCCGAGAAUCCAAUUCACUCACUGCCUGGUGCCCAAGAUGUCUAGCAGCUCCACAGAAACAAUGCCUCCAAGCAGCCUCCAGUCAUCCUCCCAGCCCAGUGAAGACCUCAUGCUGCUGGCAGCAGAGCAGACCAAUGACCCUUUGUUGAAAUUCUCAGAAACGUGCAAGCUCACAGCAGCCAGACACACCAACACCACCACUGAAAUGGACAAAUCCAGAAGCAAGAAGACGCACCCACUGGUAGCAAGUUCAAUCAGUCCGAAUGUACCCCUGAGAGCCACCCUGAGCCACAGCCUCUGGGAACAAGAGAACUCAGAAGAGCCCUCCAUAGAGAUACCUGUGGCCAGUGCCCUAGGAGGGGACUUCUGGGGACCCUAACACCCAGCCAAAACAGGAUGAUAUUUCCUUGGCUUCAGUGCACUUGCUACGACUUCCUGUAAAGCCAUUUUCAUAUUGUAGGCCAGGUGACCAUGGGAGAGGUAAGGUGGUGUUUGUAACAAGGUUCUUCUGUACUUCUACCAAUAAACCUUCUGGUGAGUCCCUCUUUGCAGUAGGUUGUGCUAUAGGAAGGCUUCAGGCUGGAUAAGGACAAGUUAGUAGCAAGAGUUCACUUCUUGGGAAAAUAAGUUGAAAAAAGUUGUCUGCUCAGUAGAAACACCAAAGCAGCCAAACAAAGCCAAGAAAACCAGUCCAGAGAAAAGGGUCUCUGGGGAAUAAUCCAACUUCCUGUUUCAAAGGGGUAGGGUGCCUAGCAAAGCUGAGGCAGGCUUGUUAUAAGCCCAAAGUGAAAGAUACCAUGAAGAUGGCCAACUGAGAGGUGCCAUUGUGUGCUCCCUUUGUUUUGAGCAAAAAAUUGACUCCUCAGCUCCCCACUCCCUGAAUUAGCAUAAAAUUUAUGAAGGCUUACCAGGGGUCGUACAAACUUUGGUUGCUAAUGAAGACAUGGCUUCUGAUAAGGGAAAUGCUGACCUGUUACCGGGAACCCCACAUGAUUUGACUUUUACUACCAGAACCUAAUGAAAGCAAACUGGAAGGUAUGUUGUGUGUAUUGGGGAUGAGGGGGGGAGCUUUGGCCAGCCUCUAGACAAGUAGAGAAUGUUUACUUGGGAAAUAAUACCACAAUGUUCAACAAAUGUUUAUUGAGCUCUUGCUAAGUGCCAGGAACCAUGAUAGAUUAUGGAUAUAUUAGAGAGAAGGAGACAGCUACACAAAUUCCCCGAUUUUUACAAAGGGUUUGUUUGGAGGAGAUACCAAGCCUAUUUUGGAGACAUAGAAAGGACGCUAAGGUUGAGGUGAAGUUGAGCCACCCUGUCUCCAAAUAAAGGCUGGAGGACCUGCUUUCCCAUAUUCACCCUUUGUGGGAUAGGGGGAGGUAGGCUGAGCUGAAAGAAUGCCUAAUGUUUUCAGAUUUCUCUUGUCCCAAAUAAAAAAACAAAACAAAACAAAAACUUUUUUGACUUGUUACAAUCGAAUAAAUGGAGAAUUGUUGGUGCUGGUGAGGGACAUUUAGAAGGUGAACUUACAAGACACUAAUAAGAAGGAUGAUCGU